CGGUUCACAAAACAGAAAAAGAAAUCACAACCAUCGUAAACAACAACAAGAAAGUGCUCUAUUUAGCGACACGAUAAUUCUGUCAGGGUUGAACCCCUGUUUAGGUCUAUUAAUCGAAAUUAUGAUGUAAUAGUUAUUUUCCCCACAAGUGACGUUUCGCGAUGGAGGGCUCCAAGUCGUCGAGCACAACGAUGCAGGUGAGCUUCGUGUGUCAGCGGUGCUCUCAGCCGCUCAAACUGGACACAUCCUUCAACGUGCUGGACCGAGUCACCAUCCAGGAACUCAUCGCCCCGCUGGUUACUGUGACCCCCAGCAAGCAGGCUGACAGCAGGGKGGGGGAGACCCAACCAGAG